UCACCGACUGAUUCAUAGAGGACGCGACGGUUGUAAAGACUGUUUAAGAAAAUACUUGCGUUAUUAUCAAGAGUCAAAAUGGGUGUUUCAGAAUUGGAGGAAUCUUCUAUGUUGCUGGAUGAAAAACUGCUCCGUUUCAUGGACCAGCUUGAGUCACUGGAGGAGAAACGAGCCACUCUGAACUCUCUCAUCGAGCAGGGAUGGUUUUCUAUGUCCAAGGCUAGAUAUUCCAUGGGAAACAAACGCGUCUCUCCACUUCAGUAUGCGAGUGAGAUGGAGCCACUGGUCUGUGUGCAUGCCAAAACACUGGACAGUGGUGUGGUGGAUUUCUGCACAGAGAGAGAGAAACAAAAAUGUUGUAAUGAGGUUGGAAAAGAUAAUGGGUCAAUAGAGGAUAUUGGACCUCAGGAAGAAGGUGUCAGGAGAAGAAUUAAAUCAAAAAAGGAUAUGACAGAGAAAGAGGGAAGUGAAGAAACAAGCAGUGAGAAGGCUUGUGAAGUGAAUCCAGUAAGAAAAAGCGAACAGAAUCCUCAACAAGAUCCACUGAGAUGGUUUGGGAUUCUGGUGCCACAAUCUCUUAAACAUGCCCAGUUGUCAUUUAAGCAAGUCAUAGAGCUGUCAGCUGAGAUUGCAACCCUGCAGAUUGCAGUUUUGAACACCAGACAGGAGCUGAAGCACGGCAUGAAGGACAAACACAUUCUCCUGCAGGAAGCUUCAGCAAACCAGUUGGACAAGGAGUCGACUAAAUAACUCUGAGUCAAAUGUGCAGAUGAUCUGAGAGUGUGUGGCCACAGACAGUGACAGGUUGGAGUCAGCACAUCAAGUUUAAGGCCCAAUUUAAUUUGACGGUGAUCUUCCCGGUGAAGAAGUGGAGAUUACAUUGGAUUCUGUAAUGACUCGAAUGUUUGAAUAGUGAUAGAUUUGGUUUGACACUGUGCGUUUUGACUGUCUCACUCAUAAAUCUCUGACCAGUUGGAGAUGGAUCUGUUUGUCAAUUAUUUUUUUGGAUUUUAAAUAAAUGUUGAGUUGUAGGCUCUAAGACACAUUUAUAACUAUAUACAUAACCUGUUUGGUUAAUUUCUAUUACUGGCAUUCUUUACAAAGGAUUCAUGAAUUGCAAUAAAAACCUAAUAAAUCAA